CGCUGGUGACCGACUUGAAACCGCCGUCGCUCGGCGCGUCCGAUGCUGAACGAGAGACGGCUCGAGGACAACACACUGGCGGACGGGGAACGUAAUGGUAGCGCCGUGGUCACCGGCCCGGCGCUCUCAUCGUCGUCGCCGUCGUGUACGGUGCCCUACAUCAGCACCGACCAGGGCUACGUGUUCGAGGGUGGCGGCUCGACGACGUUGCAGCAGCCCGGUGCAGCCGGUCGCGGGAACACCGACUGCACCGGUGGCGGAGGAGGUCUCGGGUUCGGCGCGUCGACAGGAGUUAGAUCGGGGGGUGGGUUGAGUGGCGGGAUAGGAUACGGUGGAGUCGGUGCCGCGGGAAUCGCAGAAAUGGGAGGAGGAGGAGGAGGUGCAGGAGGAGGAGGGAGUGGUGGAGGAAGCACGAACAAGGAAGUCCGUUACGCUCCGUUUUCGUCGUCCGUAGGACCGAUCGGUUCCGUGGCGCCGAUAAAUCUGCCGUCUCUACCGCCACCGCCACCGCCGCCGCCGCCGCCGCCGCCACCGCCGCCGCCGCCCCUGCCGCUGCAGAUGCAGCAGCAACGUGCCUUCUCGAGGUCGAUGACGUCCCUGCCGCCGGAGCCGUUCAUGAUCAUGCGUUCGAAGGCGCUGAACCGGCGUGUCUCGAUCAACGUCGGCGGCGUGAAGCACGAGGUGCUCUGGCGCACCCUCGAGCGAUUGCCGCACACGCGUCUGGGCCGGCUACGGGACUGCAACACCCACGAGGCGAUCACUGAGCUAUGCGACGAUUACUCCCUGAUCGACAACGAGUACUUCUUUGAUCGGCAUCCCAAGUCUUUUAGCUCCAUUCUCAACUUUUAUCGCACCGGCAAGCUCCACCUGGUAGACGAGAUGUGCGUGUUGGCGUUCAGCGACGAUCUCGCGUACUGGGGCGUCGACGAGCUCUAUCUAGAGAGCUGUUGCCAGCACAAGUAUCAUCAACGUAAAGAGCACGUGCACGAGGAAAUGCGCAAAGAGGCGGAGUCGCUCCGGCAGCGCGAGGAGGAGGAAUUCGGCGAGGGAAAGUGUGCCCAAUAUCAGAAGUGGCUGUGGGAUCUUCUCGAGAAACCAACCACGUCCAUCGCGGCAAGGGUGAUAGCUGUGAUAUCAAUACUCUUUAUUGUGCUUUCGACGAUCGCAUUAACUCUCAACACCAUUCCUAGUAUGCAAGUGACUGACGAAAAGGGGAUCUUUCAAGAUAAUCCGCAGUUCGCUUACGUGGAGGCUGUGUGCAUCUCGUGGUUCACUCUUGAGUACUUGCUUAGGUUCAGUGCUUCACCGGACAAGUGGAAAUUCUUCAAGGGCGGUCUUAACGUGAUCGAUCUGCUGGCGAUACUGCCAUACUUCGUAUCUCUGUUCCUGGUCGAGACGAACAAGAACGCGAACGACCAGUUCCAGGACGUGCGCAGGGUAGUGCAAAUCUUUCGUAUAAUGCGGAUCCUGAGGAUUCUGAAGCUGGCCCGCCACUCGACCGGGUUACAGAGCCUUGGCUUUACCUUACGUAACUCGUACAAAGAGUUGGGCCUGCUGAUGCUCUUCCUGGCGAUGGGUGUCCUUAUAUUCUCGAGCCUCGCCUACUUCGCCGAGAAGGAGGAGCCCGGGACCAAAUUCAUAAGCAUUCCAGAAACCUUUUGGUGGGCAGGCAUCACAAUGACCACCGUCGGAUACGGCGACAUCUACCCCACGACCCCGCUCGGCAAGGUGAUCGGCAGUGUGUGUUGUAUAUGUGGUGUCCUGGUAAUCGCGUUGCCCAUUCCCAUUAUCGUCAACAACUUCGCCGAAUUCUACAAAAACCAGAUGAGACGAGAGAAGGCCAUCAAAAGGCGGGAGGCCCUUGAGAGGGCCAAGCGGGAGGGCAGCAUCGUGUCCUUCCAUCACAUCAACCUGAGAGACGCCUUCGCCAAGAGCAUGGACCUCAUCGACGUCAUCGUCGACACCGGUCAUAACAUGUCCGGGGUGGAUGGUAACAGUACAGAGGGGGAGUCCGCGUGUGGCCGCGGACCCGCUCAGACCGGGCCCGGUUGUUACCGCAAUUACGAACAUUACAGCCUGUCGCGACAUCGGCGCAGCGUGUCCAACGCCUGCUUCCCAAACUUGCCCAACGAUCUGCCCGCUACGCCCGACAGUCCGAAUCGUCGGCUGCUCGACUUCGCUCAGAGCGUAACAGGUGCCCAGAACGAUGAUUACUAUCAAGAUGAGGUACCGGCGCAGCACGCCAACCAAGGGAAUAUCACGUCUAGCGAUGAAGAGAAAAAAGACAGCAGAAAAUUCGAGAAAAUUGAUGAAUUACCUAGCGAAUUCGAGUGUUGCUUUUGUACUACGAAGGAGUACAAAGACUUCAGGGACGCGGAGGACAUAAUGCCCCUCGCUACCAGCGACUUUCGUAAUCCAGUGUGUCAGGAAAUGAGGUCCCUCAGGUUCAGCAUUGGCGGCGGCAGCAGUAGCGGGGGUGGCGGAACCGAAAGCGGUGGCGGCGGCGAACAAUUAGGUUCGUUGCUCGCGGAACCCAAGAUAUCGCCCGUUCAACCGUCGGAGAUGUUGAGCUUUACGAGGAUCUACAACGAGCAGGGAAGCUACGCGAAGACGUACAACGAGCAGGGGAGCGUCGACAGUUCCGACACGUACGCGAGCUGUCAGACGCAUCCGUCACAUUCGCAGGGCGAUCUAACCGAGGAAGCCGACAGCAAUCUUUAUGUGAAUCCUCUGGAGGUAACGGAAAAAUGUGGAACUGGUCGUGUGAAAAAAUCUAUUUCCGGCGAGGUCGGUCGAAACAUCACCGAUACGUCGCCUAGCAUCGAAUCCCUCAAGGAGAUACGGUCUUCUAACGAGGCCAGCAAGGUCAACCUGAACGAUAUAAUACCCAAGCACAGGAAGAUAAGGAUCCAACAGAGCGUAAAGCCACGAGCGCAAUUCGUUAGCGAUCAGGAAGGCGUGGUAGCGCGUGGUAUCCUGAAGGAGGAGGCCGCUAUGGAGGACAAUAACAAUCAUUACGGAGGACUGCGCGGUGGUAAACCCUCCACGUUGGUGCCGACGAAUCUGGCGUCAGCCACGCGCAUCAUCAAUUACCACUUGUUUGGAUCCCUCGGCGGGUCGAAGCAUUACACAGGAGCGAGCGCUGAGAGUAAGUUCUCGUUAUCGGCGGACUCCAUAGAUAGCGAUGGCACACCGUUUAUGGAUCGUCACCGGAUGUCGAAGUCGAUCCUGAAAAAAUCCGACAGCGGCAAUAAUUACUACAGCAAUACCGGCGAUUCGGAUACCGAGAAGCUGAUCACGGAUAGCGUGUCCACGACGAGUAUGUGUGACAACGAGACAGACGCGUGCGAUUCCAAUAUGACGGCCAAUACUCGCUCGUCGAAAAAACGCCCAGUGUCACCGUUACUCUCGCGACAGGUCCUCGAAUCGAUAUUCCGCACGAAUAAUAAUACCGAGAGAGAGUUCACGAGCAGUGAGGGUGACGGGAAAGCUAUAGUCGCGAGGACAUCGAAGAUUCUAUUCGACGACGUCGUGGAAGAGGAGAAACACGUUCGCAGCGAAGCGAUAGCGGAAAAACAGAACAAAGAAUCGGUCGAGCAACCGCGGAGGUCGAAGAUACGUAUGCAAGAAGAGUCGAAAGAAAGUCAGGCCACUACACUGAUAUUAUGUCCCCAUAAAACGAGGAAGUCGACGACGACGGAGGAGAAGAAGAAAGCCAACAAGUCGAGUGGAUAUGGUUGCGCAACUUACAAGAGCUCCGACGCAAAUUGUCUUCCUCAGGAAUACCGUUUCUCGUCGUAGCUGCUUCCCCUGCUUCUCAUGCUAUUAGACGCUACGUAUAGUCAUGUCAUCAUUAUCAUCAUCAUCAUUAUGAUUGUCGUCGUCGUCAUUCGACGAUCGCAGUCAAUGUACUUGCUCCCAAGGCCGUGUAAUGGCUAUAAUCAUCUGUGACAGGUGCCUGACAGUUUUGGAUAAGGGAGAGGAGGCAGCUGGAUGAAGAUUUCGUUCGUUUUCAUCUCGGAUGAGGUCAUCCAAUUGACGGUUCAAAUCGAUUUUUAUCAGCUCAUUUGGAACCACGUCUAUAAAAGCAAAAGUAUUUGGGAGCGCGCGACUGGACUGCAUCUUUUAUCAUUACAUUUUCAGCAUCGUAACUGAUGCAUGAAAUUCUUAUACGCUUACAAUUAGAUGCACGACUCAUGCCGUUAACCUGCCAUUUUUAACGACGAUGUAUAUCGCGUAUGCCUAAAUCAAAAUCGAUAUCUCUCUUCUCAUAAAGCUCAUGCGAUCGUUUUAGAAUGAUAGCAAGUGUCGCAUAGCGUUUUGCAUCCAGAGAUGCAGUCGCGGUAGCGAUUAUGUGUCUCCUAGACGAGGAAACGGAAUAUAGAACAAAGUAAAUCUUGUAGAUUUCGCAUCGUAGUCUUACCUGAACGAACAAGCGAGUUGUUUGUCUCAGUAGCUCGCUGCCGAGAUAACAUACGAAAGAUCUCGCAUCUCGAAUUAUAUUUAGCGAGUGUAACUGUCACUUUCACGCCGAAAAAUUCUCGCACUCGUGAUCGAUCGUUUUAUCCGUCGAGAUGCAUCUCGCGCCGGUUCUUUUGCAACAAUCUAAAUCGUGCGAUGAGCGCAACACUCUAGUCUAAUUUUAGAUGUUUAUCGAUGGAGUACAUAUCUGCAACAAGACACUUAUAGUAGUUUAUUGUUAUUAUAGUAGUCGUAGAGGUAAUAAGAGGGGCGACGAACAAACGUAUAUUAUUAAUGCCCUCGUGGCUCGUUGUUAUUGCGCCAAUAUUCUGUAAAAAUCGUGCGCCUCGAAUAUUUUCUACUUACAUUCGUAAAAAUCGCUUCCGCUGCAUACACAAUCCAUAUUCUGAAUGAUUGGUUCAAGUUGUCAAGCAUCUGCCUCUUCUUGUAGUUUUUAACGAUUAAGGCGAGAGCGAAUGGACUGUGAAGAGUGUGAGACACCAUCGUGCGAAAAACAGAUGAAUGAGAAAAAAUGUUGAGGGAAAUAAUUUCCAAAUCUCUUAAAGCAAUCAUAAGUGGUACAUACAUACAUACAUAACGACGUUCCAUUCCUCGAUACGCUUAUCCGUCAUGCUUAUAUUCUUGUAUAAAUUUGCGUGUGAUAUUUUUUUUCUGUGAUGAGUUACGUUCCCUUAUGUGUAACGUUAUAGAAAGAAACUAUUUAAGUAAUAGAAAAACCAUAUCUUUUUAGAUGUUAAUUAAAAGAAAACAAUUUAUAUUGAAUAUGUAUGCUUUUUCGUGUUCAUUAUUAAGAUAAUUUUAUCGAAUCGUUUUUUAGUAAAAUAAUAUAAUUGAAUAAUUUACUAAUAGCACGUAAUAGCAUACAAUUUCUGUUUCCUGCGCAAAUAUUUUUCAAAAACGAAUAGAAUACGGAAUGGAACACAAUAUAGGCUAUAUACAUAAUCUUAAUGAUGAUGUUCAAUUUAGAGCUUUGAAUUUCCGUAAGACUAGCUUUUUAAUAAGCUACAAAAGCUAGUGAUAAAUGAAAUGAAUUAUAUCUAACUUUUUAAUAUCUCGUAUAUUAUAAAAUGAUCUAAACUAUAUCAAUUUCAAAAUCUAUAUCCUAAGACAUUCGUGAAUAUAUUUCUCGAGAAAGAAGAAAACUUGUUCUCAGAAAAAUCGAGGUGUUUUAUCGAAGAGAGAAAUAACAAGAACACCGAAGCCUUUGAAGAGAAUAUGAUAAAUCUCUCUCUGAUCAGUCUCUGAUUAAAGCACACGAUUGUGCCAAGCAAGUGAGAUUCGCGAGACAAAACGCUCUUACCCUUUCACGAGCAUUCCGUACAUCGUUUAUGUACCUGUUAUUCAGAGUCGGAUACCUUACGCCGCUUAUAGAGAAUUUCUAAAUAAACGAAAUCGAUGUCUUCUGCGAGCUAACGUAGUCGAAUUUAAGAAGUUCCUAGAGACUGCGUAAAAGAGAAAAUGAGAGAGGAUGGUUUAUUAUUUAUUAUUGUAAUUGCAUUAGCGGCUAAAAAACAGCACCGUUUAGAGCAGUGAAAAUAGUACAAAGGAUGCCAUCUCGUAAAACGUGCGCGUUACGAGAAAAUCGACUCGACGAUUCUUUAUGUAAUCGCAUGAAAAUGCUAUUGUCUUCGUGUUUAAAUUAAGUUUAUGACAGUUACGAGUUGUCGACGCUUACUCAAGGAAUUUUAACUGACGUUUAUUUCGGACGAACAGGUGUGAUUCUGGCCACUUUGAAAAACCCCCACCGAAUUUUUCUUCGAGAUUUAUAAAGUCUAUUUAUUUUUUACUUCGACUUCUCUCUUCCAUUUUUCACGCUAGCUGUAACACAGCUGCAAUGAAUUAUCACAAUAAUGUCGAUAUAUGUUAAGUGCUAGCUAUCCGAUCGAUCGCGUAAAUUUUAUUUUUUCGAUCUUGUAAGGCCUAUUAGUUUUAAGGCUGAUAAAAAGUAUAUAAAAAUGAAUAAAGUUAUAACUUGCUAGUUUUUGUUCCUUAUA